AUGCAGAUUAAAAGGAAUAGACCAAAAAUGGGGGUUCCAAAGUCAACCAUUCUAAAUACUCCAUAAUCUACAAACCAGUCGUUGCGUAAUUAAUUCAUGAGAUAAUCAUUCUUAGCAAGUAAUAAAUUAAUUGGUUAAAAAACAAUUCAUGAACCCUUCACGGAUUAGAGCCAGAGUAUAAAUUUGCAGAGAUAACAAAAAGAAAUGAAGCAAACUCUUAAAUUAUCUCCUGUCAAAUAAUUGUUAAAUUAUAUAUUUUACAACAUUUAGAUCCCCAUUCAAUUUGGAUUCCACUUUCCGAUAAAAAACACUUAUUUAAAAGACCGAAGGGAGUGCAUCUGAUCCUCUUCUUAAAAUUAAUCUGAAAAACCUUGAAAUUCCGAAGGAUAAACUUCUAUUUGCUACAGAAACCAAACAUAUUUCUAAAUCACUAAUUGACUUAGAUGAUGUAAAAUUCGUUCAUAUAUUUUAGCAAUUCGAUUAUAUAAAGACUUUUCGUGCAAUGCCUAUGCAAACUAUUAAGGAAAUCUAUGAUACUGAUCGCAAAGAGAUAGAAAGACUAAGCUCAGCGGAGAGGCAUAUUCCCAUGGAUUCAAGAUUAGCUCCAAUCAGACCAUAGUUAUAGUAACCAAAUAUUCCAGAAUUUCGUAAAUAUUUUAAAGAAAAUGAAAGAUUUCAAGAAAUGCAGCAAUUUUAUUAAAUUGAUCCAAAUAUUUAUUAAAAAAUGACUGAAAAAGUAUCAUACUUAUUUUAAUAUUAGAUUAAAUAGGAGAAACUAAUGCCAAGAGAGAUGAAACUAUUCACUAACAAUAACAAUGACAAACUUAUAGCAAAUAAUUUAUUGGGAUCUGACAUGUACGUAGAUCUGUUUUCUGAAGGAUUGUCUUCAUCUCAUUUUAGCAAUUUAAAAUCGCUCUAAAUGAAGAACAAUAAAUUAAAUAACAAUAGAAUCACUAUGAUAGCCAAAAAUCUCCCUAGUAGUAUUAUUGAUCUGGAUUUCAGUAACAAUGCUAUAGGAAAUGGAGGUAUUGCUAGCAUUUGCGAUUUCUUAAACUCUAGAAAUUGCUAUUUACAAAUAUUGAAUUUAGAAGAUAAUAAAUUAAGAGAUGGACCUAUAAUGACUAUUCUUAAGACUCUUCAAUAAAGUAAAACCAUAAAAGUCAUUAAAUUUUCAAAAAAUUACAUUACUGACAUUAGCAUGGAUUAGUUUGGAAAUCUAUUGAAAACAGUAACUAAAUUUAUAUAAAUAGAGUAAUUCAUUGUAAGAAGUGUACUUGCAUUAUAAUUAAAUUAGAAAUCAAGGAGGAACUGUAUUUUUUAGGGCUCUUCUAAAAAAUUAAUAUAUGAAAGUGCUGGAUUUCUCCUUCAAUAAAUUAGGAUAACACAAAGAAUGUGUUUAGAUGAUAUCUGAGUAAAUAUUUUUAUCCAUAAAGGGUCUUAGGCAAACCACAUUCAGAAUUAUCUCAUCUUGACUUAUCAUAUAAUAAUUUCAAUAAUGAAGACUCCAAAAUAUUCCAUCAAGCUGUUAUGUUUAAUUAAAUAAUAUACGGGUUUCAUUUUGAGGGCAACGGAGAUUAUUGUAUCAAUACAAGAGGGUUUUUAGUCAAUCAGAAAGAAUUAGAUUAGGAAUAUAACGCCUUGGUCUCAAAAUAAUCGAUAAGACUGUCGACACAAUAAUUUGUUGAUUAAAGUCUCAACAAAAUAGAUUUGAAGAAUAAAAUGAACAAAUUGGAUCAGAAUUUCUAAUUGGCAGAUCCAUCCUUAUUCAAGAGAAUCUAAAGUACAGAUUGGACAAACAAUAAGUCUCGAGAUAAUUGUUGGCUAUGUGAGGGUUGGACGGAAAUCAGAUUUCAAUAUAUAGUUGGUAAGUCUGGAAGUAUUAGUGACUAUCCGAUAUAUUUACAUUUAGAUUUUGAAAAUUAUAGGCCAAUGAUUAUGGAAUAGGAUUAAUAGAUCUUUUUUCUAUUAAGAAUGUGUCCACCAAAUAGGAAAAUUAAAUAUUUUUUUAGUAAUCCCUUUUUAGAUAUUUAAUUUACAGCAAAAGAUCAACGUAUAACUGCAUUAGAAGAUUUUGAACCAAUAAAAAUGUAAGGGAUACCUAUGAUCUAUGCAGAUACUUCUGUUGUUUAUAGUUAAAAGAUUUCAAUUGUCAAUUAUUUGUCAGCCACAAUCAAUAAGAAAGUACUUGACUCAUAAAAACAUUAUAUUCCAACAGUAUUAUCUAGACCUAGAGAAUAAGAGAAAAUAAUUUAUAUAGAUCCUAACAAAGCAAAGGAGAAAACAUGGUCGAUUGAAAAUUCCAUCUUUCGGGAUUUCUAAGCUGAUACAGAAGGACAUCUUUUAGAUUGCUUUGAUUUUGAUUUCGAAUGCGGAAGACUACAAAAACAUAUUCCUGAUCCUGAGGAUUUGGAAGUGUUAAAAACAAAGGUAAAAGUAUUCUACAAAAAUAUAUUGGCAUGUUAUAAAUAUUAUUGUGCUGAAACUCUAAAUUAUGAAACUCCCUGUUUGAAUCAGUAAAGCUUUAUUGAUUUUAUAUCGCAAACUCAUAUACUUUCAAAAUCAAUAUUAAACAAUAUCGACUUAUAAUUAACUUAUUUAUCAAGUUAUGUUGUUCAGAAAUCAGCUGAAUUUAUUCAUGUUCUUGAUAAAUGUUUAGUAAGGUAUCAAUUUCUUGAAAUUAUUAUUCGUUUGGCUAAAGAAUAAUAUUUGAGGGUAAAUCAAUGCACUAAUAUUACUGAUGCUUUGGAUAAGUUGUUUCAGUAAGAUAAGGUUCUAGAUUUGAUACAAGAAUAUGGAGUUCCCUAAGAUUGGAGAGAUAAUAGAUAUUGGACGUAAUUAAUGGAUUCCACUAUAAAAAUGAAGUACCAUUUUCUAUAGUUAAUGUAUGAUUAUGCCUCAAAGAUUACAUUCAAGCAUACUAAAUAUGUAACUCUGACAGAUUUCAAGUUGUUUAUUGAUUAAUUAGAUUUAGGAAAGUACGUUUCUGAGAAAGAACUCUACUUAAUAUAUCUACAGAGUAUGCAAACAUAGAGAGAUGAAUUGAGAGAGUCAAAGCAUAUUUAGAUGCAAUUUUUAGAAUUUGUUGAGGCUAUUGCACGAUUAGCAGAGAAAAUAUCUCCAAUAUCACCAAUGUAUGCAGUUCGGAAUCCAACAGUCAAUAAAAUAACUAGAAAAUCUUUGCCCUUAUUUGUUAAAUUUGAAGGGCUUCUCUUUAUUAUAUUUUAAAAGAUCAAGUAAGGGAUUACUACAAAAACAAAUGAAUAGUAAAUUUAAGAACUGGAAAAGAAUGUUAUUUCCAAAACCAUAUUAAAAACAGUUUAAGCCAAGAAAUUGGGAGUAUUCGGUAUGUUAAUUUAAAUUAUAAUAUUUUUUAGAGGAGGAUAGAAGUUCAGAUGAGGAAAGAGAGAAAGAGUCAAGAAAUGUGCCAUUAUUACCUGAUGAGAAAGAUUAGCAAGAGAUAAAAGAGAAGAAAGUGGCUGGGAGUGGAUGGAGUAAAUUAAGAAAUUGGGCUAAUAAAAAAAAAUUGUAGAAACAGGGAAAUCCAGAAUAGAUUAAUAUGUUAAAACAAUUAUAAACAUAUUAAGAUGAAGAGGAAAGAUAUGUGUAAGUGGAAUAUGAACAAGCAUCAAUAUAUGAGAAAAUGGAAAUCAAACAAAGAUAAAAAAUGAAGCAAGAGUUUCAAAGAACUAAAUUAAAUUAAGAACCAACAUUCAAAUUUGAAGAGGAAGAUGAAUUUAAAAGAUUCUGA